CUCCAGGAAAGGCACAAAGCUAUGCAAAGAAACUCUGUCUCGAAAAACCAAAAAAAAAAAAAAGAAAGAAAUGCAAAAUGGCUCCCUGCUAGAGGUUUGUGGAGUAUCUGAGGUGUUCCUGAGGGAUAGUGGCCAUAGUGGGCCAGAGCCACAAGCUAAGCUUGACAAAAGAGGCUGCUGAAUUGCCCAGCAGGCCAUGGAGAUGGUUGGGAAUGCACAGUGGGCUGAGGCGAAGGACACUGACUGUGAUCCUUUUGGGCUUCUGGCUGUCCACAGUCACUGGAGAUGCGGUCCCUAGCCAGAUGUGUUCCUGGAGCCUAACUACUUCAAAAUGGCAGGGCUCUAGGAGUAUGAGCCUAGUGUAUGCACAGUGGUAGCUGUCAGCUGUCAAGAAUGGCAGCCGAGAGAUGGCAGGGAGUGGGUGGUAAGGCUGCCAGUUAGUAGCAGAGACAGUUUUUAAAGUCACUGACUUAAAUGCAUGAAAUAGGCAGUUGACUCUCCUCUGCUUUAUUAGAAGUGUCCCCAUUUUUGUCACAAUUCCUUCUUGCAGAUCAUGCUUGUUUCUCACUUAGAUGGAUUCUUUCCAUAUUUACAUUCUGUUUGUGUCAUUUGCAUGGUUAAUUUCUGCCAUAGUCUAAGUUCAUGCCUAUCAGAUGUCUGUCAUUGUCUCAGUUUUCAUGGCUGUUUGAAAGUCUACUGAAUGAUGACUUUUAACGAAACUAAGAGAUGUUGCGUUCAUCUUACAAAGCCAUAAGGUAUAGGAGGCGAGCCUAGCAGGUACAGGUGUGUGGAGUGUGGAUGUGAAGAACUGUUUCCUAAAGCUCCGGGGGUUCCUGGUUUCUUGAGUCCCUAAAGACUACACUACAGUCUUUCAAUGCUAAGUGGCAAUAGUUGGGGGCGGAUGGUGUAGGGAGCAUGGUGAGAUAGGCCUCUAGAUGGGGCCCCUAGAAGGGCUCUGUGGCCAUCACCUCCCACUGCGUGCUUCUGCUGCAUGUGCCUGGUGAGGAGUGCCACAGCUUUUCACAGUGGAACUGACCACAGCUGGCCUAGGGUUUGUGGCGAGUUGAAGCCUUGCAGGCAGGUGGGACGGGAAGAGUGAAGGUGAGUUCUGCCCAGCAGUGGAACCUGGACCAGAUCGGAGUCUGCAGAUCAGGGGCCCUGAGCACAGGUCAGGCCUGGAGUACCUGGCUCACCUGCAGCCUGGCUGGCAGGUGGAAAGGGCUUGAUCUCCUUCAGACCUUCAGGGCUUUGUGAGGUUCUGUUGCUGCCCUCCCCCUGCUGUUUGGGGGUGUUUAAUUUCUGAUAUAAAUUAUGUCAUCCCUGCUGAAGAGCAGUAAGUGGGAUUUUUCUUUGCUAUGCAGGUUGAUUAAUUCUGGUCUGGAAAUCUGAGAUGGAAAAUGCUCCAAAAGGCAAAACUUUGGAGCACCGUGAUGCCCUGUGUAGAGAAGUCCACAUCUGAGCUCCUGUGAUCAUUUGCAGUCAGAAUGCAGGUGUACUAAACACGCUGUAAAAGUUUACCUCCGCCUAGGUGCCCAUCAGCUUCAAGGACUUGGCCGUGCGGUUCUCUGAAGAGGAGUGGCGGAUCCUGCAGGAGGGCCAGCGGGAGUUCUACAGAGACGUGAUGCGGGAGAACUACGAGACGUUGGUGUCCGUGGGGACCUCUGAGCUGCUUCCUCUCUCUGCUUUCCUGUCACCCACAGAGCCUGGAGGAGCCACCGCGGGAGAGGGCCACCAUGAUAAGGGACAAGAACCCCCACUGGAGCGUGGUUCCCAGGGAGGGCAGCCCCAGCAGAGCCUACACCUCACCGCCUUAGUGCAGCUGGUGAAGGAGAUUCCGGAGUUCUUGUUUGGAGAAGUGAAGGGCACGGAGGACUACCCCGAGAGUGGGAGCACCAGUCUGGAUGGGGAGCGAGCGAGCCCUGAGGUAGCUGGGGCUGUGGAAACUUACCCUCCCCGAGGCCUGCUUAGUUCUCUUCCGGAGAGCCCUGCAAGCCACCCCAGCCUGGCCAGCACACCCACGGGCAGCUCCUCUUCCAGUGGCCCUCCUGGAGACUGGGCACAAGAAAGCCUCCUGCCUGCCAUAGGAGCUACUGAUAAACCACUCUCCAUAGAGAAGGAAGGCUUGGGAGCCUCAGGAGAGACUUCCAUUCAUCCCACUCAAAGCCUGGACCAGAGCAAGAGCCACCUAAGACAAGAUAGAGGCGGCAUAGGAACAGGAACCUCUCCCGAGAACAGUCCCUUGCAAGGCCUCAUCAACUGUCUGAAGGAAAUCCUUGUGCCCGGGCCCCAGCACCGUGGGACAGCCGCAGACUUGCCAGCUUCUCUGCCUGGCCUGAGUGUGCUGAAGCAGAGCAGAGCUGAGGUGGAGCCAGGGAGCCUGCCCUGCCCGGUGAAGACAGAGCCAAUAUCCGGGGAUUGUCCCCUUCAGGGCCUGCUGAACUGUCUGAAGGAGAUCCCAGAAGCCCCAGACGGGCGUCCCAGCCCCUCAGGAGCCGGGGACCUGCAGCUGCAGGAGGAGCCAGGGAAAAGGAAUUCUGGAGGGAUGAGAUGCCCCCAGACUCCUCCUCUCCGCCGUAGUCAUGGAGCUGGAAGUAUGCUUGCCGUGGUGAAGGUAGAAGAUGGCUGGGUCCAGAGUCCCCCAGUGCCAGCAUCUUGCCAGCUUAGCAGGCAAGGCCACGGUCCCUAUUUCACUGGAGAUAGCAGAGAGGUCCGUGUGCCCCGCUGGGGCCCCAUGACUCUCGCCGGCAGGGCCUCAAGCUCACCGCUAGAAGCUCUGGAGGCCUGUCUGAAGGGCAUUCCUCCAGGCGGGUCAUCACCUCUUCAGCCGCUAGCCACCUCAUGGUCCAGAAGUCCCCAGCCAGGAGAUGCUGGCUCUCAGAGACUUGAGCUACAGCCGCAAGGAUCACACAGUGCAGAUGCUUCGAGAGAGCCACUUCUGCCUCUGAGCUUGCGGGGCUGCAUGAGAGAGGGACCUGGGAUUCAAUCCUCUGGCUCCCAGGGUACCCCUACCAGCUUCUCCUCAGCCAGCAGCAGUGAUGGGGAUCUGGAUUUCAGGAGCCCCAGGAGCAGUCAGGGACAACGGCUUGGGAAAGGAUAUCCACCAGGAAGCUCUCCACUCCAAGGCCUGGAGAACUGUCUAAGAGAGAUCCCUAUCCCCAGGCCACAGGCUGCCUGGCCUUGCUCCUUGGCUGCAGACAGGGGGUCGAAGAGAACAGAGCCCAGGAACUGGACUGCAGACACGGACGGACCGAGGGGCGAGGCCUGUGAGCCACCCCACCUUGGACAGGGUCGGGGAGAAGUGCCCAGCAGGAGUCUCCGUCUAGGCAGUCCACAGACCUGCCCCUCUACCUGCCACCAAGUGACUGCCAGGCCAGGACCGUGGCAGUGGCCGAAAGAUGACGUGGACCGUCAGAGUGGACUAAGAAAGAACAGGAUGUUUGGCUUCCUUGGGGUAUCUGAAGUGGAGACGCUGCUGGGAUUGAAGGAGACAGCCACCAUGCCCUCCCCUCUGCACUGCCUGGAGAGCUCUCUGAGGGGGAUCUUGCCCGUGCGACCCCUGCGUUUCACCUGUGUGACUGGUCCUGACCCCAGUCCCAGCCCCUGCUCCAGCUCCAGCUUCAGCAGCUCUGAUGGAGAAGACCUGAGGCCAGAGCCUGCAUUCUGGCAGCCACCCCUCCAGAAGAAAGACCACCUUCCCUCCAGCAAGGGUCCUGUCCCUCUGUGCCCUGUCCCUACAACAUUCCCAGGAGUCAACAACAAUAGCUGUCUUGCUGAAGACCCGGACAGACCAGAGUCCAGGGACUGCAGCAGCCUCGAUACAGGAAGAGCAGAAGGGACAGGAGUCAAGACCCCGUCACCCAGAAGAGAAGGAGCUGCAGAGCACACAUGCCAGCCUGGCCCUGUCAGCAGUGCUGAAGUAAAAGGAGGAGGAGGAGGAAGAGGAGAGGCAACUGGGUGCCCAUGGCCUGCCUCUCAGCUGGAAGAAAGGCCUGAGCCCAAGGGUGCUGAAGACACCAGUGACCUGGAGCCUGGACAUGGGCAACCCAGUGCCACAGCCAGGACUCAAGGGAAGCUGCUCUCUGGGGACCCUCCGGAGCCACCUAGCAAGUCUCCCCUUCCCACAACUGUCUUGUCAAAGUGGCCACCCGCUUCUUUCCAGACACCAUGCCCCUGUGGCAGAUUCCUGCAGCAGGAGUUGCACAGCCUUGGUACGGCCCUCACGGACAAGCUGGAUCAGCUUGCGUCAGCCUUGGCAGGCCUGACUCAGGAAGUGGCCACCAUGAGGACCCAGAUGGACAGGCUGGGAAGGCGCCCACAGAGCCUUGGACCAAAAGGCCAGGCUUCCUGGCGGUUGACCCUCCCCCGGAGACCUCACUGGGCCAACAGACUGGACCGCAGAUACCUACCCUACUGGAGGCAGAAGGGCCCCAGCAGGCCCAGACCAAAGAUGCUGCGGGCCCAGGCAGAAGGCUGCAAGGCUGCGGACCGCCCAGGACUCUCUAGAGGGAAGGGCAGUUUGGUGCCUCAGCCGCCUCCAGAUGGUUCCUUGGUAGAAUCUUCCAGGCCCAGCGGUAGCUCAUCCCAGCAGAUCUCCUCAGCACCUGGAGGCCACACUGUGCUGACUGCACACCCCCUUCGGGAACACACCGGAUGCCACCAGAAUCCCCCCUCCCCUUCAGUGCCUACUGCCUCGGUCCCCCUUGUGGCCACACCAGCAACCAGUGCAGACUCGGAACCUCAGGCUGCUGCAGUGGCAGCAACCAGCAUUCCACACCAGCACAAGGAACCUAACAGCCGGCCAGGGGGAGCCCUCAGCAAAGACCUCUGGGGAGGUGACCACAGGGAUCCGAGGUGGGGGGCCCAUUAACUGUCCUGUCCCUUUGCUCAGGCUUGCAGAGGAUGCUGGGUGGCCAGGAUGCCUGGUAGGAGCCUCUGAGGUAAAACCAUCGCAGGCUGCCUGCUUCCCAGGGGUUGUGUCUUCCUUACCUGCUCAGCCAGACCUCUGAUCACUGCUGCAAGUCUGGCCCUUUGCCUCUGCUGUGCCAGGCCCCCGUGGUGUCUGCACAGGGCCACUCUAGAGGCAUCCCUCCGCCAUACCUCCGGCUUGCUUGGCUCAGGUUCAGUCAGCCAGCUGCUCUUCCUCCUUAGCAGAGCCAUCUAGGUUCCAGGUGGGUGUCAUGCAUACUGCAUAUGCACAGAGCCAGCUGCAGAGGGCACCAUGAAGGCACCUUAAGCUCCUGCUCCUGAUCUCAAGGACACGAAAAGGCCAGUCUUUGUCUGUCUAGAGUGAAUAUUCACAGAUCUCAUUUAGGGAGAGCCUGGCCUGUGGUCUAAGCUGAACUGACCCACAUGAAUUCUAAAACUAAAUAUAUUAGCUGCUAAGAAAAGGCCAUUUGGCUGCAAUGGAAGAGUGCUCAGAGGGGACGGCACUCGGGCACGGUUACCUGGAUUGUCACCAGUGCAGUGAGAACGAGGCAGCUUGCAUUUCCCUCUUCCACACACACACACACACACCUCAAGAGAACUGAGCAUGCGCAGUGAGGCUGGGCACAGAGUACUGCACAUAGGCCAGUCUCCUAGGCUGUGUACAAGAGUGUCACAGACUUAGUCUGGGCAGCUUAAAUCAGGGGUCCCAAAUCAAGGUCUUGUCAGGGUUGGUUCUACAGAGGGUGUCUGGCUCUGUUGGAGGCUGUCUUCAUGCUCAUGGUAUCUUCUAUGAAUCUCUUCUCCAAAUGCCCCUCCUGCCAGGACACAGGAUGUUUUGGUUGGCACUCAUUCUCUUUUGAACUCAUCUUCGCUAAAGACUCUAAGGAACGUCACAUUCUGAAGUGCCAGGGGGCACAGCAUGGUCAGCCUUUCGACAUUAUGACAAAGUGUUGUCAUCUAGAAAGUUCACGUUCAAGAACCAGACAGUUGAGAUUAAAAAAACAAACUCCUGUUUUAAA